CGUUCGCCGCCGGUGACUGUCAAACAAGGCAAACUGUCAAUGCUUUUAUGUCGAGUAUAAAAUUUAUGAGUUUUUUUCUCGAAUGCCCCUGGAUGCAGUUGCGAAUAAUAUUUAAGUUAUACAAAUAACGUUAUUGAUUUUCAAAUUUUUAUUUAUAUUAUCGUGUUUAUAGAUAUUUUACAAAAUUGCUUCCACAAUGACAGUCACGCGGGUGGCAGAAUCCCGCACCGAGUUUAAAUUGAAGAGUUUGCCAGAAGAUUGCAUAUCUAGUGUGAAAUUUGCACCGAAAUCGAGUCAAUUUCUGUUGGUUUCAUCAUGGGAUUGUACAGUAAGGUUAUACGACGUGACUGGAAAUAUAGAACGACAUAAAUAUACUCAUGAAUUGCCAGUACUCGACGUUUGCUUUCGGGAUGCAGUACAUUCAUACAGUGGUGGCCUGGAUCAAAAUCUCAAACUGUAUGAUUUAAAUGCCAGUACUGAAACAGUGCUUGGUGAGCAUAAAGGAGCAAUUCGGUGUGUGGAGUAUGCAACUGAAGUGAAUGCAGUACUCACGGGCAGCUGGGACGGCACUGUCAAAAUGUGGGACAGCAGAGUGCCAAAUUGUGUCGGGACUUAUAACCAGGGAAAUGAGAGGGUGUACACAAUGAGUAUAGUGGGCGAAAAGUUUGUUGUGGGUACUUCAGGACGCAAAAUCUUUGUAUGGGAUGUACGUAAUAUGGGCCAUGUGAACCAACGACGAGAGUCCUCCUUGAAAUACCAAACUCGUUGCAUUCGGGUGUUCCCCAACAAGCAGGGUUAUGUACUGAGCUCGAUAGAAGGCCGUGUUGCUGUUGAAUAUCUAGACAGCAACCCUGAAGUGCAGAAGAAGAAAUAUGCAUUCAAGUGUCACAGGAUCAAAGAUGGUGGUUUAGAAAAGAUCUACCCAGUGAAUGCAAUAAGUUUCCAUUCCGUAUACAAUACAUUUGCGACGGGUGGCUCCGAUGGUUACGUCAACAUUUGGGACGGUUUUAACAAGAAACGUCUCUGCCAGUUCCACAGAUACAACACUGCCGUGUCCUCCCUUAGCUUCUCUCAUGAUGGGUCAGCUCUAGCAAUUGCAUGCUCGCAGCUUGAUGAAACCCAGAUAGAGGAUCCUAAGCCCGAGGACACCAUUUAUAUAAGAUAUGUGACUGAUCAGGAAACUAAGCCGAAAUGAGGGCCAGGCUUUGCUCAAUAGAAAAUAUGACUUGACUAUUUGAUAUAUACGAUUGACCUUAAUGACUUAAUAUAUUAAUAAAAAAAUAAAUACUAAUGACAAUGGUUUAAAAAUCUAAAUCUAUGCAUAUGUCCAAUUCAUAGAAGUGAUAUGGUAGAUAAAGUGUAAAUACAAUAAGCAAGCAGGGAGUCAAUCGGUUAAGUAGGUAACAGGUAGUAUUAUGUUUUAAAACAGAAUCUAUAUUUAGUAAAGAGGACUAAUAAGCAGAAGGAAACUGACCGAUUCUAAAUUUACCUGAAUUUAA